AUGAAGAGAUUCUUCUGUUGUCUCAAAGGAGAAGGCUCACGUCAGGGAGAGCAAGCACCACCGGGACAACGUGAACCACCGCAUUCACCGGAAAAUGUCAACAACGAGAACGACGAUGUAGACGAAGCACACCCAUUUGGCAGUAACGAGUUCCUCAAUUACGCUCGGCGCAACAACAUCGAACCACCAGACGAUCGUCUUCCACGAAAUUCGACACAGAAGAAUCGUCAGGCUUUAUCUCCCCUUCUACUUUUAAAAUGUGGAAUCACAUUCCCGUGGACCGAUAUCGUAGCCGGAACUCAAGACUUCAGCCGCGAAAAUUAUCUCGGCCAAGGAAACUUCGGUAAUGUCUAUCGCUGCGAUUUCCCAGAAUUUGAUAAGGUCGGAGCUGCAAAGGUUCAAAAACUAGGCAACGCAUCUGCUCAUAAGGAGUUCGUCGCAGAGAUUACAGUGUUAGAAGACGCAAAUCACCCGAACGUGAUUCAACUUCUCGGCAAAUGUUUCGGUAAAGAUCACAGUGUCAUAGUCUACGAAUUCAUGCCUAAAGGCUCUCUCGACCACCACAUAUACGCAAACACAAAGCCGGGUCCGGGUCUACCACAAGAGUAUGCGGUUUUGGAUUGGGAAACGAGGAUGAGCAUUGCAGUGGGUGUAGCUGAAGCUCUGAACUAUCUACACGGGACGCUGAGAGUGAUUCACAGAGACGUCAAGGUUGCAAACGUUUUGCUUGACGAGAAUUUCGUCCCGAAGCUGACAGAUUUUGGAUUGGCGAGUCAGAUGGUUACAGGUAGAUAUGGUGGUGAGCGGCAGAUAGAGAUCAGUCCGAUCAAGGGAACACCGGGAUGCGUCGCGCCGGAAACAGAGGAGUCGGGUUUGGUUUCGUCGAAGUCCGAUGUCUACAGCUAUGGAAUCUUUCUGCUUACGCUUUUCACUGGAAGGAAGGCUUGUGAUUUUAGGAGACCUUCUGACACAUGGAAGAUCGCUGAUUGGAUGAAGCCAGUAUGGAGUAGACAGGAGAACAUACCUCUGGUGGUUGAUGUUGCGCUUGGUCCUAGGUAUUCGCGUGACGGUUUAGUGAGAUUAUUCGAGACUGCGAGGAGGUGUAUCAACGUACAGGCACGUGACCGGCCUCCGAUGAGUCAGGUGCUGCCGUUGGUUCGUUAUGCUGCAGCUCAGCCGCUCGGAAAGGUUUCCAAGAUGAAGAGGAGUCGUUCGAGAUAG